UAAUUUUCUUUCUUUUUUUCCUAUUCAGACAUAGCAAAUGUCAGAGAACAGUAAUGGAAAACCAUACGAGAGUGACAGUGUUUAUCCUAGCAGGUUUGACUGAUGACCCACAGUGGAAAAUUGUGUUAUUUAUCUUCUUGCUUCUCAUUUACUUGCUAAGCAUCACUGGCAAUCUGAUCAUCAUCACACUCAGCCUGCUGGAUAUUCACCUCAAGACCCCCAUGUAUUUUUUCCUUCGUAAUUUUUCCUUUUUAGAAAUUUCCUAUACUACUACAUGCAUUCCUAAAUUGCUGGUUAUUAUGGCAACAGGGGACAAAACCAUUUCCUAUAAUUGUUGUAUCACUCAAGUGUUUUUUGCUUUCCUUUUUGGGGCAUCUGAGUUCUACUUGCUGGCAGCUAUGUCCUAUGAUCGCUAUGUUGCCAUCUGCAAGCCCCUGCAUUACACAACCAUCAUGAACAGUAAAAUCUGCAUACAGCUUGUCCUCAGUUGUUGGCUUGCUGGGUUUUUAAUCAUCUUUCCAGCACUCAUCAUGGGCCUGGACUUAGAAUUCUGUGCCUCCAAUAUUAUUGAGCAUUUCUACUGUGACACUACUCCUCUCCUCCAGAUCUCCUGCACAGACACACAGAAUCUGGAAAUGAUGGCAUUCAUUUUAGCAUUUGUGACACUUGUGGUCACAUUGAUAAUGGUGAUAACAUCAUAUACUUGUAUUGCCUUGACCAUUCUAAAAAUCCCUUCAACUAGUCAGAGGAAGAAAGCUUUUUCAACAUGUUCCUCUCAUGUGAUUGUGAUAUCUCUUUCUUAUGGCAGUUGCAUUUUUAUGUAUGUUAAACCAUCAUUCAAACAAAGAAUAGCUUUUUCUAAGGGAAUUGCAGUUCUGAAUACCUCAGUUGCACCACUUUUGAACCCUUUCAUCUACACUUUACGGAACCAACAAGUGAAAAAAGCUUUCGUGGUUAUGAUCCACAGGGUAAUUAUUUUCUCAAAAAAGUGAAUAUAUCAUUGCACUAUCUAUAUAAUGAAAAUGAACAAAGGAGUCCUUAAUAACAGCAGUGUGUACAACAGUAAUUUCCAAUACACAAUUUCUCCUUUUUUACCAUUGAUUUCUAUGAUAUUUACCUUUAUGUCUUUUAAGCUUUAUUUUCAUAGAAAUUAUUGUUCUACAGA